CCAGAAACGAAAACAAUCAUCUUUACCUGAGAGGCAUAAAAUAGGAUUUGACGAUUAUGACACAAACAGGACCCAAAAGCUGCUGAUUGUUGACUAAGAUGGUGAUUGCCCUUUGAUAUUUCUGCCUUGCACAAGUAAAGCUAUUGAUGGUCGAAAUUGAUACUUAGGAUGGGGAUUGCAUAACCUGUUCCCUUUUCGGUUAAUAAGUGAUUUAGCUCAACCAAUUGACAGCAGCUGUUAGAAAUGUUACUUGUAUUUAUCGACUAAUCCUGUUUUCGCUUUGAAAAUCAGUCAAGAACAAAGUUAUUUGGAGGGAGUUGAUCGGCGGGUUGAGCUAAGAUGCAAACGUCGCAGAAAAACAGAGCUCCGGCAACUAUCCACAAGUUGUAUAACCAACCUGUUACGGAAAUCAAUAAGUUUUGUUUGCCUCAUAUCCAGAUAUUAGAGAACAAUGUAUGUUCUGAUAUCGGCAGCCAAGGAACCGAUGUCUCUUUCCAAGCCUACAAUGACCAGAUUUUUACUCUGGAGUCAUCCACGACGACUGCUAGUUUUGUUGCCUAUGAUUCCCCUUCUGCUAUAAGCAUCUCAUCGGGCAGGAGUCCUUUGUCCUCACAAGGGUCUCAAUCAUGGAUGUCUGAUCCUCAUCAUUCCCCUCAAAAUAAUCAUGGAUCACCAUUCAGUGGAUCUUCUUCCGUUGAUGAUAGCAAUGGAUUGAAGCACAAGCUGCGAGAGCUGGAAAUUUCCUUGUUGGGGCCUGAAUCUGAUAUUAUAGAGAGCUGCAAUUGUUGCUUCAGUAGUGGAACCCACCAAGCUGGUCCAAUGGUAGGCAUGAACAAUGAUCAACUGAUGAACAUGACUCCUAGAUUAAACUUGAAGGAGGUGCUUGUUGCCUCUGGUCGAGCACUCUAUGACAACGAUAUGUCGACGGUGGCAGGUUUAAUGCAUGUAUUGGAGAAAAUGGUUUCGAUAUCUGGCGAACCAAUCCAACGAUUGGGUGCUUAUGUGCUGGAAGGGCUUAGGGCAAGGUUGGAAUCCUCGGGGAGUAAUAUCUACAAAGCCCUGAAAUGCGAACAACCAACGAGCUCGGAACUAAUGUCUUAUAUGGGUAUUCUCUUCAGGAUUUGCCCAUACUGGAAGUUUGCAUACACAUCAGCUAAUGCUGUCAUCAAGGAUGUCAUGCAAUAUGAGCCAAGAAUUCACAUCAUUGACUUCCAAAUAGCACAGGGCACCCAGUGGAUGUUCCUUAUCGCAGAUCUUGCGAAAUGCCCUGGUGGGCCCCCCUCUAUCCGCAUUACCGGCAUCGAUGAUUCUCAGUCAAAUCAUGCUCGAGGUGGGGGACUUAAUAUCGUGGGGCAGAAGCUAUCAGAAUUCGCCAAGUCAUGCAAUGUGCCAUUUGAGUUUUAUGAUACAAAUGUGACUACUAAUGAGAUUCAACCAGAGCACUUUAACGUUCGUCUUGGGGAAGCUCUAGCUGUGAAUUUUCCGUAUGUAUUGCAUCACAUGCCGGACGAGAGCGUAACCAUAUGGAAUCACAGAGACCGAUUGUUGAGAUUGGUGAAGAGUUUGUCACCCAAGGUUGUUACCCUUGUCGAGCAAGAGUCUAAUACCAACACAUCCCCGUUCUUUUCAAGGUACGUUGAGACGCUGGAUUAUUACACAGCUAUGUUCGAAUCCAUAGACGCAGCCUGUCCAAGAGACGACAAGCAAAGGAUCAAUGCAGAGCAGCAUUGUGUGGCUCGCGACAUCGUGAAUAUGAUUGCUUGCGAGGGACCAGAAAGGGUGGAAAGACACGAACUUCUCGGAAAGUGGAGGUCGAGAUUUACGAUGGCAGGCUUUUCUCCAUAUCCAUUGGGUUCCUCAGUUACUACAGCUGUAAGAGAGAUGUUGAAGGAAUAUGACCAUAACUAUAGACUUGCAGAGAGAGAUGGGGCUCUCUAUCUUGGGUGGGGAAACAGAGCUAUGGCAACCUCUUCCGCAUGGAGGUGAAAAAUCUCGAUACCGGCAGUGAUUCCUCCAUGGAUUCUGUAAAUUUUUCCCACAUUCUCAAUUUUAUAGCAUCAACCUUUUAGUGUGUGUAAAUUUAUAGAAACAUGAGCUUAGCUUUGUGUUGUU